AUGGAGGACCUGAAUUCAGAAAACCCCAUUGUAGAAAAAGAAAACACAGAAGCCUCAUCAGUCAGAACUCCUAAUAAUAGCAACAAAGAGAACAUCACAACUGAGAGUAUACAAGUAGAAACUGCUAUGGAAAUUGAAGAUUCUAACUCACCAAGAAUUCUAAUUGUACCUAUUACAACAACAAUAAGUUACACCUGCAAACUAAAAAUCUUGAAGAAGGAUUCACCACAGAAAACUUGUAAUGGAGUACAACAUUCACAGAUCUAA